GCACGGGUGCUCGCCAUAAAAGGUCGUGUUUAUGCGGUAUGCAAGGUGCAUAUCUUGCCGAAUUAUAAAGUCAAAGAAAUGGCGUCAACUAAACGAAACACAAUAAGAGUUGGUAUUCUAACAGUAAGUGAUACUUGCUCAAGAAAGGAAGCUGUGGACAAAAGUGGUCCAAACUUGAAGAAGUUAGCUGAAGAUACGGAUGGACUUGAUGGUGUAAUUGUAGCCACAGGAAUUGUUCCAGAUGAAAUUUCAAAUAUCAAGGAGACUCUGUUAGAAUGGAGUGAUGUGAAGGAGCUUGAUCUCAUUCUGACCACGGGUGGUACAGGCUUCGCUGAUAGGGAUGUCACACCAGAGGCCACAAAGUCAGUAUUGGAGAAAGAAGCUCCGGGCCUGGCGAUGGUCAUGCUCAUGGGAUCCCUCAAGAUAACACCAUUAGCUGUCUUAUCAAGGUCUGUUUGUGGAAUCAGGAAGAGGACACUGAUUGUUAAUCUACCAGGCAGUCUCAAAGGUUCACAGGAGUGCUUUGGCUUUGUCCAGCCUUCUCUCAGCCACGCUAUUCAGCUGUUGAAGGGAGAACGAGCCUGCGUCAAAGCGACUCAUAAAGAACUGGCUGCGUCAGGACCACAGCCAGGACCACUGCCAGGACCACAGCCUAUCAACAUGGUUUCAAAUUUACCAACCGUCAGUCAUGGACAUCACAAUUGUCAGAAGAUCCGUCACCAUGAUGUUGAGAAGGUUGCCAGGCGUCCUAGAGAUUCCAUCUACCCCGUCAUCCCUUUGAAGGAUGCUCUCAAGAUUGUCAUGGAUCACACCCCAGUACUGCAACCAGAAGUUGUGGAUAUUAAUGAUGCUUUGGCUAGAAUCGUAGCUGAGGAGAUCAAGGCUCCCAUAUCACUGCCUCCAUUUAGGAACUCGAUCAAAGACGGCUAUGCUGUUCUAGCUUCUGACGGUCCUGGUGUACGUCAGGUGAUGAGUGAUGCCAUCGCUGGUGAUGCACCUGACCUAGAGCUCAUCCCAGGUCAUGUGAUCAGGAUCACUACCGGUGCUCCGAUCCCCAAGGGUGCAGACGCUGUGGUGCAGGUGGAAGACACGGAACUGGUAGAAGAAGCUGAUGAUGGUCGAAGGGAGGUUUCUAUCAAAAUCCUGUCUACCCCUACAACAGGCCAAGACAUCAGGCCUAUUGGGAGUGACCUGCAGGAAGGGACCAUGCUGGUCGGCCCUGGAAGUAAACUCAGUCCACCAGAGCUGGGUCUCCUAGCCUCAGUGGGAAUCACAAAGAUCAAGUGUUACCGUCGACCAGUGGUCGGUGUCUGCUCAACAGGCAAUGAGUUGACAGAGCCUUCAGAGGAGCUUCCUCCAGGUCACAUCUAUGACAGUAACAGAAUCACAAUGCUGGCUACCCUGCUAGAGAUGAAUGUACCUACUGUAGAUGUAGGAAUUACACCUGAUACCGUCCAAGCAACCAAGGAUGUUCUCCUGAAGGCUGCCUCUCAGUCUGACGUGAUCGUUACCACUGGAGGAGUGUCCAUGGGAGAAAAAGAUCUUCUCAAGUAUGUCCUCUCUGAAGAACUCAAGGCUACGCUUCACUUUGGACGGAUAUUCAUCAAGCCGGGGAAACCUACAACCUUCUGCACAUUUGAAUAUGAGGGUGCCAAGAAGCUCUUCUUCUCGCUCCCAGGUAAUCCUGUAUCAGGUAUCGUGACAUUUAAUCACUUUGUCUUACCGUGCCUGAGGAGGAUGAUGGGAUACACCAACCCUCAUCUCAAGAGAAUCAAAUGCCGCGUAAUGGCUGACCUAAAGCUUGACCCCCGACCUGAGUUCCAGAGGGCGCAUCUGGAUUGGCAGUCCGCGGAAGACGGCGUGCCCCUGGCCUCGACGACAGGCAACCAGAUCAGCAGUCGUCUGAUCAGCAUGCUUCAGGCCAACGCCCUUCUGGCGCUGCCAUCGCAGAGCGACCAGCAGAAAAUGAUUCCCAAGGGAUCCCUCGUGGAAGCUGUGGUGCUCAGAUUAUGAGCAGUAGUUAAGUAUAAAUCGAGAUAGAAAGAUAGACCCUGUAAACACCAUAAUAAAUCUUUUUUCAAUGAUAAUCUUCAAUUCUUGACUGAAAAUUGGACAAUAUGCAUUUUCUAAACAAAGGUGCAGUUGGUGUUGAUUUCUCCGGCACCGACAAUUAUUUCAUCUGAGAUGUGGGGAUAUGGUUAGGGUUGCCAUUGGGUCUGCGGUUAGGUCGAGUGCUAGAUAUUGGUAUAUUGUUUGGUACUAGGGUUAAGUUAGGAAGAUGGUUAGCGUAAGGAUAUUAACCGCAAAGCAGUUUUUGCCGGUUCAUGUGUUUUGUGACCAGUUGAUUAUAACAAGAUAGAAAGACGGACCCCGUAAUCACUAUAAUGAAUCUUUGUGCAUUUAAAAUCUGUUCAUCUUGGUUAGAUGUUGGACAAAUAUGCAUACGCUAAACAAAGGUAUAGUUUGUGAACGCUCU